AUGGAUAAGGACGUGUGUAGAAGCUUCAAUAAUGUAUGGACGAAUUUUCCCGAUAAAUUGAUUGAUGAAAAGUAUCAAUUUACAAAUGAUGAACAUUUUAAAAAGUAUUGUAAUAACGGAAAAUGUACUAGUUAUAUCGAUAAAAUUAAUGCUGGAUUUUUAUAUAUGCUUGAUGAAUUCUUUAAGAAUUCUUCUGUGUUUGAGUCUGUUGCAAAAAAGAACAUCAAUAUUGUUGAAUACAUUAUGAUAUGGUUAAGUUAUAUGUUUAACCUAAAGAAAGAUAACAGCAUUAGCACUCUAGAUAUGUUUUAUAGUAAUUAUAUAGAUAAUACUACGUAUAAAAAUUCUAUAGACGAUGUUGGUGCUUAUAAUAGUUAUGAUGAUCUUAUAAAUAAAAAAAAAUAUUUUAUGGAAUUGAAAAUUAAAGAUAUAUCUAAAUUUUAUGAUGCAUUUAAAUUAUUAUGUGAAAUGUAUACUGGAUUUGAUACAGACAACUCAAAUUGCACAAUAUGUUCGGAAAAAGCUAGUCAAUUUGUUGAAAAAUAUGAAAAACUUUACAAUGAUUAUAAUAGCAAUGAAGAAAGUUCAUAUAAAGAAAUAUUGUGUACUUUAUCAACCGAUUAUGAUAAUUUAAAAAAGAAAUGUAAUGAUGUUAAUUGUUCCAAUUAUUCGUCAUUUCCAACGAUAGGAAAAGAAAAAAUUCCUGAAAAAUGUUCUAAACAAAUUUCUGGACAUAUUUCUAAAGUUACAUCAUCAAGUUCGUCGAUAGCAAGCAAAUUAAUUCCAGUUUUAUCGAUAAUAGUUGCAGUAGCAAUUUUUUUAGGAAUUUCUUAUAAGUAUUCGCUAUGUGGAUUUCGGAAACGAGCUCAAAAACAUUUGAGAGAAAAGCUAAAAAAAUAA